CGCGCGUGGUGGAGAACCGCAGCCGCUCCGCGCGCAGGGCUCGCAAGGGCCCCCGCAGCCACCCCCGGACACCCGCCGCGAGCCGGUGCCCUGAGCGCCCGACAUGAACCGCAAGAAGCUGCAGAAGCUGACGGACUCCUUAACUAAAACUAGCAAGCACUCCCCUGGCCCAUCAUUCUACGUUCUGCCUCUGAAUCUCCCCACUCCAGGUACAUCAUUUAAUAAAUUUGAAGUGAAAUGUCUCAUCAGUCUUUUCUAUAACCUGGUGGGAGAUGUAACCGAGCGGCAGGGUGUGGUCAUUGGACUCGAUCGCAAUGCGUUUCGAAACAUCCUGCAUGUGACAUUUGGAAUGACAGAUGACAUGACCAUGGACAGAGUUUUCCGAGGUUUUGACAAAGACAACGACGGCUGUGUGAGUGUAACGGAGUGGGUGUGUGGACUAUCAGUGUUUCUUCGAGGGACUCUGGAAGAAAAAAUGAAAUAUUGCUUUGAAGUGUUUGAUCUGAACGGCGAUGGAUUCAUCUCAAAGGAGGAGAUGUUCCACAUGUUGAAGAACAGCCUUCUCAAGCAGCCGUCCGAAGAAGACCCUGACGAAGGAGUUAAAGAUUUGGUCGAAAUAACACUCAAGAAAAUGGACCGCGACCACGACGGGAAGCUGUCCGUCGCAGACUACGAACAAGCCGUCAGAGAAGAGACUCUGCUACUGGAAGCAUUUGGACCAUGUCUGCCUGACCCAAAGAGCCAGAUGGAGUUUGAAGCCCAAGUAUUCGAGGAGCCACACGAAUUCAGCGAGAUGUGAAUCCCUGAAUGUCUGUGUUGUCUCAAGCGAGCGAAUGAGGAGGCACAUACAGACUGUGUGUCUUUCCUGCUCCGCUCAGGAGGUGACUGCGCGCUCGAGGGUGGGGGACAGGGUUGACCGACACGUAGCACCCGGCUUUGGUUAGGAUGCAAGUAAAUCAGCCGAAGACAGGAAGCUCCCUGUGACACGUUGCUGGGUUGGCCGGACGGGUUAUGUGCUAGAGACGCCUUAUCACCCAGACUUAUCUGUUGACACACGUAACUGUCAUGAAAUGUUUGCAUGAAGGAGAUGAACAGAGAGAUUACAUAAGCAUGAGUUAUUUUCUUCAUGUCAGAAAGAUGCUGGGAAUACAUUUAAAAAAUCACUGAAGCUCCUGAAUUUCCUUUGGAGCAGUAAAGAGUCAAGACGACAUCAGAGAGAAGGAUUCUGGCAGCGGGCCCUGGAAGGUGUUUCCACUGGGCACCGAGGGGGCUCAGGGACACGGAGCCUGCAUUCGAACGACCUGUGUCCCUGCCUGAGGCCUCAGCGUGACAGCCUGGCUGCCCGCGGCCAGAAUGGGCCUCCAUGAACACUGUGGGUUGAAAGUACAAAGAACCCCAGACAGACCCCCACGAGGGGCAGAGGGGCAGUGGGCCUUCCUGGGCCUGAUGGACAAGGCCUGGCCUCUGGGGUCACCCCAGUGACCCUCGCAGGGGGAUGCGAAGCCCCCUCUCUGUUCUGUCUCCCUCUGUCUCCACCGCCAGCCCCUCUCUGUCACCUUGGACCUGCCCCCCAGGAUUCCUCUCCUGCAGCCCCUCAUCCCAGGUCACAGCCCACGGUGCCCGCUGGCCAGGGACUCCUGCGGCCACCGCUCCCCCGGCCUCCUCCUGCCCAGCAGGUGUCUGUGGCCAUAGACGGAGUGUUGGGAAUGAGACCUCAGUCUGGUCCUGGGCUGCGCUCUGCCUCCCGCAAAGGCUCCCGGGCAGGCCGCUGGGAGGGGACACCUCUGUCCACCAGAAGCACUCAGAGGCUGCUCCACAUAUUAAGUCCCUUUUGUGAUUGCAUGUGCUCUGCUCUGAUUAAGCAAAAACACACUGCGUGAAACAGAAAAGUAGACUGUUAAAAAGUGGACUGUAUAGAAAAUAGACAAACAGCAAGGUCCUGCUGUGCAGCUCAGGGAACCGUAUUCAGCAGCCUGGGGUCACCUGUCAGGAAGAAGUGUGUGAGCAGGAACAGACGUGUGUACACACAUGACCGCAGCACGCCGCCAUGCACCAGAAACCAGCCCCCUGCAACUGACCGUGCUUCAGUAAAAAAGGGGGAAAAAGACUGCUACGAGUAAAUGGAAUAUGCACCUUCAUGAAAUAAAAGCUCUUUUGCUGUC